AUGGCCGCCUCAGUCCAGGAGACGACCGACCUCAGCAAGCAGUAUGACACGCCCAUGGGCCUCGCCCACACCACGAUGCAGGCCCUCAAGGACCGCAUCAAGCUGCACUACGACCUCGCCAGCGACUACUACCUGAGCCUGUGGGGCGAGCACAUCCACCACGGCUACUGGCCCACCGACGAGUCCAAGGCCGCCGAGUCCAAGGAGCAGGCCCAGCUCAACCUCAUCCGCCUGCUCCUCGACGUCUCUCGCGCCGAGCUCGGCGAGGGCAGCCGCGUGCUCGACGUCGGCUGCGGCGUCGGCGGCACCUCGCGCCACCUGGCCUCGGCCCUCGGCUGCGCCGUCACGGGCAUCACCAUCUCCUCCCGCCAGGUCGAGAUCGCGACGCGCCUGACCAAGACCGCCGCCGCCUCCGCCUCCGCCUCCGCCACUACUACUCCUUCCGCCGCCCAAGAGGUCGCCCCGGACGCCGAGGGCUUCUACGCCCUCGGCAAGGGCAGGGUCAAGUUCGUCGAGCUCGACGCCGAGAAGAUGGGCGAGUACUUCGGCGACGGCGACGGCGACGGCGACGUCGGCAGCAAGUUCGACGCCGUGUGGAUCAGCGAGGCCCUGAGCCACUUCCCCGACAAGGCCCUCUUCUUCCGCAACGCCCGGGCCGUCCUCCGCGACGGCGGCAGGCUCGUGCUGGCCGACUGGUUCAAGGCCGAGGGGCUCGGGGACAAGGAGUUUGCCGACGACAUCAAGCCUAUUGAAGAUGGCAUGCUCCUCCCGCCGCUGUGCACGCAGGCGCAGUACGUCCAGAUGGCCAGAGACGCCGGUCUCGAACCCCUGGCCGAGCCCAAGGACAUCAGCAAGGAUGUCAGCAAGACGUGGGACAUCUCCUGGUCUCUGGUGCAGAACCCGUCAUUGUGGGCGUUUGCCUUCAGCCAGGGCCGCGACGGCAUUGCCUUCCUGCAGGCCUUCAGGGCCAUGAGGAGAGGCUAUGCCAACGGGAGUUUCAGAGAGUAA